ACUUCCCAUAAAACACACUUAAAAUUGAUUUAUUAAGCACUGUCAGUGCUGAGUGCACGGGCGGUCGUGCGCACGCUGCGUAGACGCGUGUGUAUCUGUAGUACCCAGCCCUACACACGGAUGCCACAUGUGUAGGCGGGGCCACGAGUACAACAGACACUGUCCAAUCCUUUACCAGUGAAUCGCUCACUGGCUAGAGAUUUGACCAAUGGGAACAGGGGCUGUCAGGCAGCCAGCCAAUGAUUGGUCGUGUGUGGCCUGCACACAGUUCGGCACGUGUAGCCUUGCACAUGUUGACGCUUGCAAUGGGCAGAUGAAGGGGAGAGAAAGAAAGGGGCUGCGAAAGAAGGCGAGUUGUGAAUCCUGACUGGCGAAGCGGGCACCGGGACACUACUCAUUGAAGGAGUUUUUUUUUUUCAAGAAAGUAUUUGCGAUUGAUUGUAUAAGAUUACCUGUCGUUGAAAAGUAUCGUUUCCGCCAUUGGAGGCAGGUCCUUGUUGUUUUGGUGUCUUCUGUUCAAGUGAUGCAGUCAUCAGGCAGUACUUCCUCCCAGGCGUCCCGCGAUUCGCUGAGCUCGAGCGACAGCUUCCUGUUCGGCGAGGACGACGGCGGCGUGUUCCUGGCGGCGCGGCGGCCCGGGGGAGCGGCGUGCUCGGCGGUGCGGGGCAGCGCCGGCAGCCCCGCCUCGCAGUGGGCCUGCGACGGCUUCAGCGACCGCGAGCGCUGCUCCCCGCCCGGGAGCGGCCCGGCGGAGCGCCGCUCCGGCGACGCCCCCUCCUCCUACUCCGCCCUGGUGUCGUCCUCGUCCUCGUCGUCCGGCGGGGCUCAGACGGAGGGGGACCACCUCUUCGCUCGGAAGUGUGUGGAGCUGCAGGGAUUCAUAAGGCCUCUGCUGGAGCUUCUCAGCGGCCUUAAGAAGGGGAGAUUCGACAGAGGUCUGAGCAGUUUCCAGCAGAGUGUUGCCAUGGACAGAAUCCAAAGGAUUGUGGGAGUGCUGCGGAAGCCUACCAUUGGUGGGAAGUACCUCCACACCCUGCUCCAAGUGGAAAUGAUGCUCAAACUGUGGUUCCCCCAGAUUACCCCCUGCGCCCCCUCCGCCAGCGAGCGCUCUGCGCCCCCCCACGGCACCCCCCCACACAAGCACAGAGACCAGCUGCACAUCCCCGUCAAGAAACGGAGGCUCAGUUGGUCAGACACAGACUCCCCAGCCCCCCCGCCCCUCCGCUGUAAACGCUUUGACCGAGGGGGGCAGGAGGGAGGACGCGCGGGGGGGCCGGAGGGGUGCGGCCCCGCCCCGCCGGCGGCCUCGGGGGCAGAGGGAGAGCGAGGGGCCGGCGGACACGCCAGACGCGCGGCGGAGCGCCCGGGCGACGCUGGAGAGAAGAGAGAGCGCGAGCGGGAGAGAGAGCGGGAGCACGGAGUCAUCAGCUGGUCCGAGCUGAGCACCACCUGGGUCCACGUCACCGCCAUCCUCAGCCCCCCGACGUCCUGCUCUUCCCACGACAGCAGAGGGGGGGGCGCCAAGGGAGGCCUCCCCGCCCGGGCCCUCUCGCCUCCCUCUGCCAGCGGCAGCCCGGCCACGCAAGACAGCUCCGUGUCCUCCACCACGCCUUCCUCCGAUCCGCACCGUCUCCUCCCCCCGCAGUGCCAGCCAGUCGCCUGCCGGAGCCAGCCUGUUGCCACAGAGACAGAGGACUGUGAGGGCGGGGCCCCCGAGGCCCGGCAGGGGCGGAGCCAGUCUCUCCCACCCUUGCUGAAGCCUUUGAAUGGCGGGGGGAGAGUGAGAAUGCACAGUCCCACACAGACUUGACGUUCGAAACACAGUGUUCUUAUGAGUUAUUGUUCCUAGAUGCUGUGAGUUUACAUGUGGCGAGUUGGAUCAUUACAAAUGCACUCAUUUAUAGGGAAUGGGGUGGGGUGAGGGGGGGGUUGUGAUGAUGAAGCAUUUCUGGUGCACAUUUUUCCUUUCAUUUUUCAUUUUUAUGAGUGUGCUUGUCUUCUGUGGGAUGUUCCAGUUUCGAAAUUCAAAGGACCACAAUAGGAACAUCAACUGUGACAAAAAUGAUUUAGAUUCGUCACCACGACAUCAUCAAAACAAAAAGCAAUAUUACGACUAAUAUUUCACAGCAGCAUAUGAAAUAAAGAAAUGAAAUUGGGGGCGGGGGGGAGGGGUUGAGGAGGAGGUGGGGGUGGGUUUGAGGGUGACUGUCCCUCUUGGCCAGGCGAAGAAGUCUUUUUACGUACUCUUCCAUUUUUUAACUUUUGGAGCUUCUGUUUAAUGAAUACUUUUAUAUGCAAAAAAAUGAACUGCCAUUUUGCAUGUGAAUUUCAGUAAGUGGUUAAUUUCUGAUGAAAUCAGAACCUGAAUAGAGCAGGUCUACUUCUCCCCCCCUUUUUUAAACAGUAUGUUUUUGGUGAGUGGAAUCCCCACUCGAGGCUUAAACAUCAGCAGUGACCACAAUUAAAGGAACAUAACAUCAGUGCAGAAUUAGACACGACUGCAAUGCAAGAUCAGCUGUAUGAAAAUUAAAUUAAAUCACAGCUGUCAUAAAGAGCGGCUGAUGAACAGCCAAUUGCAUUGCAGUUCACCACUUUGCUUGUGUUAUGUGCACAAGGAUUGUACAUUUAUUUUAUAUCAGGAGAGAGAAAUUGACAGUAACCAAUAACAGCACAGUUAGUUAGGCAAAAGCAGCACCGGUAGCAGCUUGAAGUGAAUCCACAAAUGUAGCAUUAUCAAACCGCAAAUAUCAGGCAGAAGGUCUUCUUCCACGUCUAGUUUUCCAUGGCUUAAAAUAAAUCGCAGAGAAUUCCUCGAAUCUUAACCGACUGAGUACAGACAGUCCCUGAGCGCAGAGGGCUAAGGAUCCAUUUUAGGCCAGUGCAUUAAAGCAAUUCUAGACUUGUGGAUUUUGUGUGAAUCUGAAGCACCGCCCGGAAGCGGGCUACAGUUACAGCGGGAGGGAUGCCGACGAGAUAGAAAGCAGCCCAUCACCAGUGUAGCCCGCGGCACUGUAUAUACAUGACGAGGGAAACAACAGCAGCAGCAGCAUCAGGACAAGAAUAGGCCACACCAAAAAAAAACAACAAAACCCUAAGCUGCACCUGACAGAAUGAAUUGUGGACUUAAAGGGUCAAGACUGGAGGAGGCCUUACUCUAUUAAAAAGACGACCCUGAGUUCCAGUGUUUAUUGAGUUUAUUGAGAUUUGCAUUAAUUUAUUCGUUAAUUUAUUUAUUUUAUGACUGAUUUGUGUAGUCAGUUCCUCUGAUUGCUUUGAGAACUGCUGGAGCCACUGUAGCUGUGUGUACAUAAGGUAUUAUUGCUACCGUAAAAAAAGGAAAAUUGUUGAUUGGACAACUGUGCCUUUACCAAAUGGGAUGUGAACAGUGAUUUUUAUACUACAUUUUUGAUUGGUUUUUUUGUGCUUUUUCCUAGAAAUGUUUACACAGCAACCCAACUUGUGUAGGAUUUAUUUGUCAUCUGUUUUUCUUUCCCCCCCUCUCAUACACUGUACCCCUGAAUCUUAAGCGGUUGGAUUUCAGGUUUUCAUGAGUUGUUUUGCGAUUUUGUUCAGAUAAAUGAAUUCGAUUCAGUUGCACUUGCCGAUUAAUUACAUGCUCUCUGUCUGAAUAUAGAUUCGCUCCAGAGAAAACCUGGAAACUUGAAAGAUUUGAUCUGAUUGGAUUUGUAGAAUUGGAAAAAAGGAGAGAGGCGAAAUAUUGGCACCGGUGUCGGUUGCAGUCGACCGUUUAGCGUGAUGGAGAUUCGCAAUGAUUCAGCUCGCGUAUGCUCUCACUGUGUUAACCAUCUCGAAGCACAGCGCAGCCGCUGACAACAGCACCACAGCGUCAACAUGAAGCAGAAUAAUGCCAGUAUUAUCUAAUGUCUGUGAUUUAUCUUGUAUGAGGGGUUGUGGGGGAGGGUGGAAUCCAUUUGCACUUGUUUUACUUUUCUUUUCCGUGCUUGUUUUAUAAGACAAAGGCCAAACGAAUCGGUCGAAAAUGAUGUGUAUUAUUUCAACUGCCUUUUUUUUUUACAUGACUGUACAGUUCUUCCUCUCUCUCUGCCUCUUUCGACUUCUCUCGCUGCCUGUCUAUCUCCCUCUGUACUUCUACCCCUCCCUCUUCAACUCUUUUACUGACUAUAGCAAUCCCUCCUUUCCUGUUUCUCUUCUGCACACUCCCUUUCUCCAGCAGUUUUAUUCGUGUGACUACUUUUUCAGCAAUGGUGCAAAAGAAAAACGUUUUAAUAAAUGACACGCAUUUUGAAAUUUG